AUGUUUAGGUAUGCGCUCGAAGGGGAUGCCAGAGAAUGGCUAAAAAACGUGGCGAAAGGAUCCAUCACUAGCUUCGAGGACCUUAAGGAAAAAUUUAGAGCCCGCUUCAGCCAACAGAAGAAACAUAAGAAACUACACGUGGCAGCCCAUGGGGUAAAGCAGAGGGAAACAGAGCCUUGCAGGGCAUUCCUUGACAGGUUCACCACCGAAACAGAAGAUAUCGUGGACCUUCCCGAGUCACAAAGGAUAUCGGCGUUGUUGCAUGGCCUCCGAAGCAGGGGACUCGUUGAAUUUCUGUAUAGAGACCUCCCGAAAACUUACGAAGCCGUUCAGAAAAGAGCGCACGUAUACCUUGAUGCAAGGGACACCGCGCCGAAGGGAGACAUUAGCCCGACUCGGGACAAGGAGACUCAGACGAAUAGGAAAAGGAAAUGGAAUAACGACAGAGAAAGGCCAAGAUACAGCCCGUACAACAAGGACGAAAAAGGAUAUCUGAAGGUCAACCUACCAGAGCUCCAUAAGAGCCCGAAGGAGAUACUCCUCACUGAAAGUGUCGCAAAGACCUUUCCAACACCUCCCAGACUGAGCGGCAAAAAUAGGAAGGACCCCGAAAAAUAUUGUGAGUUUCUCAGGGAUUAUGGCCACGACACGAAUGCAUGUUGGCAAUUGAGAAAAGCAAUCGAAGAAGCAAUCAACGAAGGAAAGCUGUCACACUUGAUGAAAAGCGUUAGACAACAGCAACAUCCUAAGAAGGAAGAUGACACAGAUGACAAAAAGAAAGUCCCCAACAAAACUAUCUACACUAUCGUGAAGAAAAAGAUUGGAUACUCGUCCCGAAGGACCUACAGGGGGAACAUACCCAGCAUCACCUUCCCACCCAUCUAUAAUGGCAGAAUCUUCAAAGACCCCCUAAUAAUUUCAGCAUUCCUAGAAGUCUCAAAGGUAAAAGAAAAAGUAGUAGAUACCGGGAGUGAGUGCAAUGUCCUGUACGAAGAAGUAUUCUGGAAGCUAAAUCCUUUGUCACGAAUGAACUUCAGAAAGGCAGGGGAUUCGAUUCAAGGGUACUCUGGCAACACAGCCGAACCGUUGGGAAAACUAUCUGUGCAAACAACAAUCGGAAAGGAACAUUGGAAACGAAAAGAGAAGAUCACAUUCAUGGUAGUUAGUGGAAGUUCACCUUUUCAAGCAAUUCUGGGCAGGCCCGGAAACCAAAAGUUUGGAAUGAUUCCAUCCGUAAUGCACGGCCUGAUCAAGUACGAAACGAAUGGAAGAAUAGCAACCUUAGAAGGAAAGGCCAAAAAGCUUUCUAAUGAAGGCCGAGACGGCUGUGGUGAAAUAUCUAUGAAUGACAGGCCAUACCAUGGAUAA